AUGUAUUUAAAAAUAAUUUUAAUUAUUUUCGCGGCGAGAGCACAGUCAGAAAUAGUAAUAGAUGAUGAGAAGAUAGAAUCGCUUUGCAAAAAAAAUACGUGUUUAAAUAAAUGUUGUAGGAAAGACGAAUAUGUGAGUGGUAUAGUUAUAGGUGAACCUCCUAUAUGUGUGAAAUAUGAUGGUGAGAAGAAAUUGGACUUUUCUGACGUACAAUUGUACGAUGAUGAUGAUCAUUUGAGACCGGUUAGCAGAAAAUUCGGAGACACGUUUUUACUGAAGCAAGGGUUGUUACUAAAUGAAACAUUCGCGGUUAAUUGUGGAGUACCGGAAAUCGGUGGAGUGAACAGUUAUUUAAGUCAGAGUGGCAUACUUUAUUUGGAGUUUCCGAACACUUACCAAAAAUGGAUGCCAAUACAAUCAGAAUUUUGUUUGGACUAUGCCAAUGGAACAGAUGUAGAAAUUGCGUUCUGGACUAUCGACCCAGUUUCAAUCGAACAAAGCAACGUUUAUAUUUCUAUAGACCUUAUCACAUCGUCGUUCUUCCUGGCUCUACUGCUCGUUGUGUACGCGAUCCUACCAGAGUUGAGAAAUAUAGGCGGGAUGGUACUCAUGGCAUAUGUGUUCAGUUUGAUGGUCGCCUUCCUCGGCCUGGCUACGAUGCAGAUUGGUGAAUUCGAAAACGAUACUUGCCUAAAUGGAACAAUCGUUAUCUACUUCUUCUUCUUGGCUGCGUUUGCGUGGAUGAACGUUAUGUCUUUCGAUAUCUGGUGGACAUUCCGGGGCUACGCGAAAGCUCGUCCAAUCCAUCGCAGAGGAGAAAAUUUCAAGUUUUGUAUGUACUGUAUUUAUGCUUGGGGAGUUCCCUUAGCAAUGACUUUAGCAUUUAUGAAGGUAAAUGAAGCAGAUCUGAGUGACCAGCCGUGGAUUGUCAAGCCUCUUGUACCGGAAAAUGGAUGUUUCUUACAAGCUGGGCAAAAGUUAGUAUACUUGUACUUUCCUAUGCUGAUAAUGAUUUCUGGAAACUGGUUGUUUUUCGGCAUGACGGCAUUCAACGUGAGGCGUUUAAGGCGAGGCACUCAAGUGCUCAACUCUCCAGCUGCUGGUAACCCGGCAGCUCACCGAUCACAGAAACGGAGAUUCACAGUGUAUUUGAAGUUAUCAGCAAUAAUGGGAAUUAACUGGUUACUUGAAGUUGUCAGUUCAUUUUACCCUGAUCUUAAGAUUUGGUACAUCUCAGACGCUUACAACUUCCUUAUAGGGAUUACUAUAUUUCUAAUUUUCAUCUGGAAGAAGUCUAUUUUGAAUAAACUAAAGAACAGAUACAAAAGCUUCAGACGUGCUAGCCUUCCAAAAAGAUCAAUGACAGCAAACAUUACUCUGGAAUCGACUCUAAGUCAAGAAACCCCAGCAAAUGUGUGUCGAGAUCCAAACGUACAUAGGCAGUUCUCAGGUGAACAGAGACCAUUUCUUGCUUAG